GGGGGCGGGCGGCGGGCGGCGCCAAGCGUGGGGCGCGGGCCCGCGGCGGGAGCUGUCCGUGAGUCCUAGUGCUGAAGUAGGCGCGGACGUGCCCGGUGCCUGGCGCGUGGUAGCAGGCGCCCAGUGCCCCGGCCGGCGAAGACCAUGGCGUUCAUGGUGAAGACCAUGGUGGGCGGCCAGCUGAAGAACCUCACUGGGAGCCUGGGAGGCGGCGAGGACAAGGGGGAUGGGGACAAGUCGGCAGCCGAAGCUCAGGGCAUGAGCCGGGAGGAGUACGAGGAGUAUCAGAAGCAACUGGUGGAAGAGAAGAUGGAGCGGGAUGCACAGUUCACACAGAGGAAGGCAGAGCGGGCCACACUGCGGAGCCACUUCCGAGACAAAUACCGGCUACCCAAGAACGAGACAGAUGAGAGCCAGAUCCAGAUGGCAGGUGGAGAUGUGGAGCUGCCCCGGGAGCUGGCCAAGAUGAUCGAGGAGGACACGGAGGAAGAGGAGGAGAAGGCCUCAGUCCUUGGGCAGCUGGCCAGCCUUCCUGGCUUGGACCUGGGCUCACUCAAGGACAAGGCCCAGGCCACACUGGGGGACCUCAAGCAAUCAGCUGAGAAGUGUCACGUCAUGUGACCACUUCCCCAGGGUUACCCACUGGGCUGGGCCCCCAUGAGGGCUAAGAGUCUGUCAACUUCCAGGGACCCACACUCCAUUUGGGGCUUUGUUUUCCUUGCCCCAUCCUAGUUCCAAGACCUUUCCCAUCCAUGCCCCAAGCCUGUCUUCUGGUUUCUUCCUCUGCUGGGAGUAAAGUCCCCAUCUUCACUCUACCCUUCAGGACCCUCCCCACCAGCUCAGCCUGUGGAGGCCUCCUAAGAUUGUAGGAAUAGGCCCAUCCCUCUCUGGCCAUGGCCCCAAGUUCCUGCACACAGGAGCACCCACAGAGAGACACACACAGGACACAAAAACCCUGGCACGUUCAGAGACAGAAGCCACAGAUGCAUCCCGGCACACACAGACACGCAUGCACAGGCCAGCUCCCUUGCAUGUCCAGCCCCUCCAGACACCACCACUCAGAAACUCUGAGAGAGAACGUGGGCAGAUACCCUCGGCAGACAGAAGGCCUGAGUUCCAGUCUCCACCUUUAUUGUUCUUGAAAGCCCCUGCUCUCUCUCAGCCUUAUUUCAUCAUCUGUAAAAUGGGAAUGGCCUGAAUGACUUUUAAGGCUCUUUCUGGCUUGGCCUCUCAGAGCCAAGCCCACACCCCUCCUUGGGCAGGGCAGCAGCUGCCGCCACAGCCUCCAGUGGCUGCCACUGUGGGCUCUGGGAGCCGGAGCGAUGCUGUGUGAGAGGCAGAAUGCCAAGGAUGAAGCUGGCACUGAACAGUAAGCGGCUCCAGGCCUCCUCUGGGCCCAGGGCCCAGCCAAUUUCUGUUCUGUUCCUGUAGAACGCUCUCUGGAUUCCAUAGCUGGAAUCUCCUCUCUUAGCUCAGUGAAAAAUAAAAAUCCCAAAUGGUGUG